AUGGCCUUGUCGUUCUACGCACUUCUCGAGGCCGCCCUUCUCGUUCUCAACGGCAUCGCCAUCCUCCAUCGCGAGCGAUUCUUGAAAAAAGUGAGCAAAAAUGUCGGCGCCCCCAAAAGAAUCGAUAACUGUUUGCAGUACGGACUCGGGCAGCCCAGCCAUUCGUUCGACGGAAGCCACUCGGUCAAGGACCAGCUCGUCUCGCUCAUUUUCGCCGUUCAGACGGUGAUGCGAAGUAAGGGCGCUCCAUUGAGAAGCGAAAGCGAAUUAUUGAUUUCCUUCAAAGCCGUGUUCACACUUAUGAUGAUGGUGUUCAUGGAGAUUAGGUGGACAUUCGGUCAUUUUAGGAUUUUGUGGCUUCCGUUCUUGAGUUUUUAAACUUGAAAAAAACCCUCCACUCUGCUCUCCACUCAAUUUUCUCUAUUUUCAGUGCCCCUGAUCGCCAUCAACAUUGUGGUGAUCGUGUUCAAGCUCAUCCUCGGAUAA